UUCUGUUUGCUGUCCAUUCAUUUAUUUAUACAUUUUUGUAGUAUCGUAUUUUUUCCAUCUCUCUCUGUCCCCCAUCUUCUUCCAGCCUUCUCCACACACACACACAAAAAAAUCAAAAAAACAACCAAUCAAAAGAGAGAAAAAUAUUAGUUUUUUUUUUUUUUUCUGAUCUAUUUCAAGUUUUCAACAUUGAUACUAAAAUUCAUUCUUAGCCAUUAUUUCGAUCGGAUAAAUCGAUUUAUUUUGCGAUUUGUACCGAUAGUUUGGCUAUUUUGGCUGCUUACCCAUUUGAUUCUUUAACGAGAUCUACCAUUUUUCUUUUUCUACGGCAUUUAUCGCCGACAGAGUUUUCUUGAUUCUCCGGUUAGAAUUUGUUAUUUGGUUUUGCUUAUCUUUGGUAUUGAUUCUUUUCUUUCUUUGCUUAAAGCGGUUAAUAGACAAGUAAUAAUAGCUGGAAAGUUUGGCAGCAGUGCGUCUAGUGUUUUGCUGUUCCUCUUCUUUUCUUCACGCGUGGCGUUCGUCUUAAUGCUAAAACUCUGUUUUCUAACUGGUUUUGGAAAUGGAUAUGUACUGUGAAGUCAAUGCUUUGAUCUGAUUUCUUAAAAAUUCAACGUCAGCAAAUAUUUAAAUUUAUUAAUCCCCUCUGUUUUACCAUUACGAAAAAAAAAAUAUGAUGCGAAUGAAGACCAAAACCACCGCUAUGCCUCCGAUGAUGAACGACAAUUCCGCCACCGGUAGAGACCGUACCGCUGCCGACAACGAAUGGGAAGUCCGACCCGGUGGAAUGUUGGUUCAGAAGCGUAACCCGGAUUCGGAAAACCGUCCUCCUCCACCUCCGAUUCGGGUCCGGGUCAAGUAUGGCUCAAUUUACCAUGAAAUCAAUAUCAGUCCUCAAGCAACUUUUGGGGAAUUGAAGAAGAUGUUAACGGGGCCCACAGGGCUGCACCACCAAGAUCAGAAGUUGUUGUACAAAGACAAAGAAAGAGACAACAAUGCUUUCCUUGAUAUUUCUGGUGUUAAGGAGAAGUCGAAGAUUGUUGUAGUUGAAGAUCCACUUUGCCAAGAAAAACGGUACCUUGAGUUGAGAAAGAAUGCUAAGAUGGAGAAGGCUGCUAAAACUAUAGCAGACAUCAGUUUUGAAGUCGACAGGCUUGCUGGACAGGUGUCUGCAUUUGAAUCGAUAAUUUCCAAAGGUGCAAAAGUUGUAGAGAAGGAUUUGGUUAAAGUGAUUGAGUUAUUGAUGAAUCAAUUGCUUAAAUUGGAUGGAAUUGCAGCUGAAGGUGAUGUUAAAUUGCAGAGGAAAAUGCAGGUGAAAAGAGUGCAAAAAUAUGUCGAAACACUAGAUGUGUUGAAGAUGAAAAAUUCAGCACCAUCGAGCAACGGGAAUCACAUUCCGAAACAGGAAUCCUCCCCGUCUCCUCAACAGCACCAGCGUAGGUAUUCCAACGAGCAAGCAUCGUCCCCUGUUCAAAACCAGAACGGCAGGCAUUCAUUCGCCAAUUCGCCUACACAAGCUAAGCAUCAGGAGCCAUCCAGGCACUCAGCCUCGGGUUCUGUUGUCAUAACUACACAGUGGGAAACAUUUGAUCCCGCACCAGGGCCAUUACUGGAUCAUUACUCAACCACAACGCAAAGCAAUAAUAAUCAUGCUUCCUCUGCUCAACCUCGAUUCAAUUGGGAUUUGCUCUGAAAAAAGAGUAGUAAGUCUUAGUAGAAAAAGAAGAAGCUAUCUUUGCUUAUUAGUUUAAAGGACUGUUUGGGUGUGAAAUUUCUUGUUUUCACAAGUUGGUUUGGUUGGUACCUAUUCUCCAAUUCUUUUUUGUAUGUAGAGUCCUUGUUAGAUUCCCCUGUUUCAUAUGAUCAUCUACUUGAGAGCAAUAAUUGGGAGUCCACUGCAUAAGGUUCCAUCAUGCUAUAUCACCAAUUUCCAAAUUGUAAUGUUUUGUCUUGUUGAUAAACCAUGAUAUAAUAGGAGGCAUUCAUAUGUAGAAUGUUGAUACUAUGAA